UUGCCAUCCACCUUCAUCCAUCAAUACCCAACAAUUAUCCGCUUCAAAUCGCUUCUUCAGAAUUUUCUAAAGCUUCUAAAUGGCCCGUACCAAGCAAACAGCCCGUAAGUCUACUGGCGGCAAGGCUCCCCGGAAGCAGCUGGCGACGAAGGCUGCUCGGAAGUCUGCUCCGGCGACCGGCGGAGUAAAGAAGCCGCACAGGUUCAGGCCAGGAACUGUGGCUCUGAGGGAAAUCAGGAAGUACCAGAAGAGUACAGAGCUUCUGAUCCGAAAGCUUCCCUUUCAGCGUUUGGUUCGAGAGAUCGCGCAGGAUUUCAAAACGGAUCUGAGGUUCCAGAGCAGUGCCGUCUCGGCUCUCCAGGAAGCUGCCGAGGCUUAUUUGGUUGGACUCUUUGAAGACACUAAUCUCUGUGCAAUUCAUGCUAAGAGAGUCACUAUUAUGCCCAAGGAUAUUCAACUUGCCAGAAGAAUCAGAGGCGAAAGGGCUUACUUCCAGAACCUCCAAAUGGCCCGUACAAAGCAAACCGCUCGCAAGUCCACCGGCGGAAAGGCUCCCCGGAAGCAGCUAGCCACAAAGGCUGCUCGGAAGUCUGCUCCGGCAACCGGCGGAGUGAAGAAGCCCCACAGGUUCAGGCCAGGAACCGUGGCUCUGAGGGAAAUCAGGAAGUACCAGAAGAGCACAGAGCUUCUGAUCCGAAAGCUUCCCUUUCAGCGUUUAGUUCGUGAAAUCGCUCAGGACUUCAAAACGGAUCUGAGGUUCCAGAGCAGUGCGGUUUCGGCUCUUCAGGAAGCUGCUGAGGCCUACCUGGUCGGACUCUUUGAAGACACUAACCUCUGCGCUAUUCAUGCUAAGAGGGUCACCAUCAUGCCUAAGGACAUUCAACUUGCUCGAAGAAUCAGAGGCGAAAGGGCUUAGUUUUAAACCUCGUGUUUUUUUUUUUUUUUUGCCUUUAGGGUUUGUGUGUUUUUCUUCAGUCCUUGAUAGUUUUUAUGUGUGCAUCUUAGAAUCUGGAGUUGGUGACUUCUUCCAGUGACAAACCCUUGUGUACUUAAUCAUGUCAGAUAAUUUUAAGUUUCAAAUAUUUGUCUCUA